AUGCUGUCAAGUCUCGAGGAACGUGUUGCAUAUCUGGAGCUGAAACUUCAAGCUCAUGGCAUCGACCAUGAUGUUGAUGCAACACCAAGGUCACCGAUCUCAUCAACGACAGCGAAUCUAUCUCAACCCGCGGCAUCCUGGGUGCCGGGAGCAACAACCACUCAAACUGAACCGCUGGAAAAUGACAACAGCCCUCGAGCGGCCGCAAAAGGCACCGUGAAACGCGCUGUUGGUAUGACACAGCGGGGUCCUAUGGCAGAGCCUACAUUUUCCACCAUUCUGUUGACAGAGCUCAUAGGGUCCAAAACAGCGCAACCAGGAGCCAGAAUGAGAGCCUCCGGACAGCAAAUCGCAGAAAGUACGGUUCCAUCGGAGAUGAUGGUAGACUUCGACACUUCCCCGGUGUCACUUCCUACCAAGCAAGGGGCCCAUAGCCUUGUAAAGGCAUACUUCCGCUUCGCCAACAUGAGUAUGCCUUUGUUGCACGAACCAACCUUGAGACACAAGCUCGACCUGCUGUACACUAUGCCACAGGUGGUGGAUCUCAUCGUGACGCAUACCAGCACUGAUUCUAGACUGGCAGUAUUCUUCGCAUUUGAAGUUUUCGCGGUUGCGUUGUUGACGUUGCAAAAGCAAGACCCCUCAAGAAUACCCACCUCUCUCGCAGACCGAUAUCAUAAGACCGCACUCCGAGCACUGACGGAGGCUGGCUUACCAAGUGAAGUCGAGGGAGUGCAAGCUCUUCUUCUUGUUGCGCAAUACUCAUACCACCACCCCACCGUGUGGGCUGUAUGGAAGACGGUGGGCGCUGCAUUAAGACUCGCCGUGGAGUUGGGACUUCAUCGAGAAUCGCCUUCAGAUGACAUUGACUUUCUUACUCUCGACACCAGAAGGAGGACAUUCUGGGUGGCUUACGCCAUGGACAGGAACAUCUCUAUCGCAUUGGGGUUGCCAUCCUGCCUAGCGGAUGGCGCCAUCACGGCAAAGUUCCCUAGCGUUGUGAACGAUGAAUCUAUUACUGUGAACGGAAUUGUCUCAAACGAUGUCUCGGGCCCUCAACCCAAGCGCGUUAGCCGACACGUCUUCCGCUAUCGACAGAUUCAGUCGGAGAUGCAGGCGACAUUAUACGAGAAACCCCCGGCGGUUUGCGCUCCUGAAGACAUCCACGUAUGGCAACAGCGGAUGCAUGACCAGAUUCAGAGUUGGUAUGAUGACACACCUCGAAGUGCCAGCUUGACCGACAGCGAACGGAAGAACCUUGAAAACUUCGAACUCACAUACCAUCGAGCCAUGUUCUACCUGUAUCAUCCAUCGGCCAACGUCGCAUCGCCUCCAGAAUCGGCAUUGUUGUCUCUCACCGAGGCUGCAUCCCAAAUGAUUCGGCUUUACCGCCGAUUCUUCACUGAACAUAGGCUGACCAUAUUUUGGCAAGCGGUUGAGAAUCUGUACUCUGCGGGAACGGGCUUGUUGUACAGUUAUGUCAAUUCGUCUCAGGUUCGAGAGCGCAUCGCAUUCCGGGAGCUCGAAUCGCUCGUCCACACCUGUUCAUCGGUUCUGUGGGGAAUGGUUGAGCACUUUCCUGAUUUCAAAGGCAAACGUGACGCUUUCGAUCUGGUAGCUUCGAGCACACUGGCAGAUCUUACCACCGAACCUAUGGUUACUGGUCAAAUAGGAAGAUCUCCUGAGAAAACAGACAACGUUACAGGUCGCCAGAGAGAGCACUUCACAGCUGCCGAGUACGCCAAUUCGACAGUUUCCCAAGGACAGCAACAACCAAUAUUCCAAGCAACACAAGCAGGUCAGCCUGGAUUUGCUGCAACUGAAUCUAGAGUUGGACGCUGGACACAAAGGCUCGAGUCUCAAGUACCGUUGGCGACAUGCAUGGAGUCAGACGAAUAUGAGCCUCAUGCGGCAUUUUCAUUUUCGGAUUUUGAUGAUGUUUCUUUCGAUUGGGAUGCAUUUGAGAACAACAACGAUUUUAUCGCGCCGUCAUGGCUGUGA